GAUGCAAGCAAUAAUUAAUUAAGAAGUGCAGAACCCGUGCAAAAUACCAUUGUGUUCACACAUUUAGUAUGCUUGAAUAACAAGAGAAAUGACAUUGAGGUGGACAUUAAGCAACUUUAGAGAUUCUAUUGGCAUUGCUACAAUGGUAUUCAGUUUCCCCGAGGAAGGAAUAAUUUUACCAAUAACAGUUCAAAACAAUUCGACACGUUGUUCCAAGGACCCAAUGUGACCAUAAGCUCAUGAGACUACGUGGAUCAAAUGGACUCUGGAUGCAGCAGACCAAGAUA